CCGACACUGGAGCUGGUCUCCCGGGCACCGCGGCCAGAAACCCUAGCCCUAGCACUGAUACCAUGACCGGUAUUGUGGACGACGACGGCAGAGAAGUCAAGGCAGCCGAGCUUCUCGCCAGAGAGAAUGCUCAAACCCGCAGGACUACCCUUGUCCCCGCCAUCACCAACGAGACCAACGAUACUGAGCUUCGCGACAUCAUCAACCUGCUUCGCACUAAGAUCAGCGACCUCGAGGCUGCUUCUGUUCAUCCAACCGCAGUCUCCCCCGCUAUGAGAAGCACCAUCAAGCUCAACCCUCCCCCCAAAUUCGAUGGCACCAGGAAGGAGGACCUUCAGGGAUUUCUCACCCAGGUCCGCGCCAACCUCGCUUUUACCAAAGUCGUGGACCCUAUCCAGCAAGUCCUGUACGCCUCGUCAUUUCUCACUGGCAAGGCUCUCGAAUGGUUCCAGCCCACCCAAGCGGACUACCUCGGCCACAACAUUUGGACUGAGAUGCACAUUGAGAUCCAGAAGAUCUUCAACGACUUCGAAUACUUCGAAAGCUCCAUCAACCAGGUCUUUGGUCUCGCCGACAAGGUCCGCCAGGCUGAGACCAAGCUAAACGAGCUUCGUCAAACCAAGUCAGCCGCCUCUUACGCGGCUGAGUUCAGACAGCUUGCCUUCCGCGUCGAUUGGAAUGACGAAGGUCUCAAGUAUCAGUUCUACCGUAGUCUGAAGAGCGACGUCAAGGACGAGCUCAUCAAGAUUGACCGCAAGUCAAAGAGCCUCGACGAAUACAUGAACGAGGCCAUCGUCAUCGAUAACCGCCUUUUCGAACGCAAGAAAGAGAAAGGCGCUGGUGACAGCCGUCCUCGCGCCCCCGCCAACACUGGCUACAAGUAUCAGCGCGGAGGCAACAGCUACAGCAACAAGACGCGCAGCACCGCGUACGGCACUCACUCGGGCCCUAUGGACGUGGAUACCGUUGAGAACCGCAAGA